UUUCUGGGUGAAGAAAUGUUUUCCCUGUGCGAAGCUUUCGUAAUCACAGUCAAGCAAGCCCAUGAGUCCUGUCAUUUAAAGUGGCUUCUGUCUUUUAUCUAAGAUGCUCACACCUCCACCCUGGGAAUGAGAAAACUGAUCCAGCACCUGAGAUUCAACAGAAUAACCACUCAAGUCCCUUUGAAUUCUAUGUUGCCAUGAUCCCAUGGCGAUGGGUGACCAGAAGUUGACAUGAACACUUUUUGAAUAUCAUGCCACGUGGAGGCAUUCUUACUUCCUUGUGAACGUGACUGAGUUUUGAAUGGUGCCCAACCCGAGUUCAAAGGCUGAUGAGAGAAAAAAACUCAUGAGGAGGUUUUACUCUCGGGAAAGUUGUUCAGUGGAUGUGAUCUUGGCGCAGAGGGAAAGAUGUCAGGCUCUUCCUGGCUCCUUCUCAGCCUCGUUGCUGUAACUGCUGCUCAAUCCACCACUGAGGACCUAGCCAAGACAUUUUUGGAGAAGUUUAACUCUGAAGCUGAAGAGCUGUCUCAUCAAAGUUCACUUGCUUCUUGGAGUUAUAACACCAAUAUUACUGACGAGAAUGUCCAAAAGAUGAAUGAAGCCGGGGCCAGAUGGUCUGCCUUUUAUGAAGAACAGUGCAAGCUUGCCAAAACUUAUCCACUAGAAGAAAUUCAGAAUCUCACAGUCAAGCGUCAGUUGCAGGCCCUUCAGCAGAGUGGGUCAUCAGUGCUCUCAGCAGACAAGAGCAAACGCUUGAACGAAAUUCUAAAUACAAUGAGCACCAUCUACAGUACUGGAAAAGUUUGUAACCCAAGUAAUCCACAGGAGUGCUUAUUACUUGAACCAGGUUUAGAUGCCAUAAUGGAAAACAGCAAAGACUACAAUCAGAGGCUCUGGGCUUGGGAAGGCUGGAGGUCUGAGGUUGGCAAGCAGCUGAGGCCAUUGUAUGAAGAGUAUGUGGUCCUGAAAAAUGAGAUGGCAAGAGCAAACAAUUAUGAGGACUAUGGGGAUUAUUGGAGAGGAGAUUAUGAAGCAGAGGGGCCGAGUGGCUAUGACUAUAGCCGCGACCAGUUGAUUGAAGAUGUGGAACGCACCUUUGCAGAGAUUAAACCAUUAUAUGAACAUCUUCAUGCUUAUGUGAGGGCAAAGUUGAUGGAUACUUACCCUUCCCAUAUCAAUCCGACUGGAUGCCUCCCUGCCCAUUUGCUUGGUGAUAUGUGGGGUAGAUUUUGGACAAAUCUAUACUCUUUGACAGUCCCCUUUGGACAGAAACCAAACAUAGAUGUUACCGAUGCAAUGGUGGACCAGAGCUGGGAUGCAAAGAGGAUAUUCGAGGAGGCUGAGAAGUUCUUUGUGUCUGUUGGCCUUCCUAAUAUGACUCAAGGAUUCUGGGAAAACUCCAUGCUAACUGAGCCAGGCGAUGGCCGGAAAGUUGUCUGCCACCCCACAGCCUGGGACCUGGGGAAGGGUGACUUCAGGAUCAAGAUGUGCACAAAGGUGACAAUGGAUGACUUCCUGACAGCCCACCAUGAGAUGGGACACAUCCAGUAUGACAUGGCAUAUGCUGUACAACCCUACCUGCUAAGAAAUGGAGCUAAUGAAGGGUUCCAUGAAGCUGUUGGGGAAAUCAUGUCACUUUCUGCAGCUACACCUAACCAUCUGAAAGCCAUUGGUCUUCUGCCACCUGAUUUUUAUGAAGACAGUGAAACAGAAAUAAACUUCCUCCUCAAACAAGCACUUACAAUUGUUGGAACUCUACCGUUUACUUACAUGUUAGAAAAGUGGAGGUGGAUGGUCUUUAAGGGUGAAAUUCCCAAAGAGGAGUGGAUGAAAAAGUGGUGGGAGAUGAAGCGAGAGAUAGUCGGGGUAGUGGAACCUGUGCCCCAUGAUGAAACAUACUGUGACCCCGCAGCUCUGUUCCAUGUUGCUAAUGAUUACUCAUUUAUCCGAUAUUACACAAGGACCAUCUAUCAAUUCCAGUUUCAAGAAGCCCUUUGUCAAACAGCUAAACAUGAAGGUCCCCUGCACAAAUGUGAUAUCUCCAAUUCCACUGAAGCUGGGCAGAAGCUGCUCCAAAUGCUGAGCCUUGGAAAAUCAGAACCCUGGACCUUAGCAUUGGAACGUAUUGUAGGAGUGAAGAAUAUGGAUGUAAGACCACUGCUCAAUUACUUUGAGCCCUUGUUUACCUGGCUGAAAGACCAGAACAAGAAUUCUUUUGUGGGAUGGAGCACCAACUGGAGUCCAUAUGCUGACCAAAGCAUCAAAGUGAGGAUAAGCCUAAAAUCAGCUCUUGGAGAAAAAUCAUAUGAAUGGAAUGACAAUGAAAUGUACUUGUUCCAGUCAUCUGUUGCAUAUGCCAUGAGAGUGUAUUUUUUAAAAGCCAAAAACCAGACAAUUCUUUUUGGGGAGGAGGACGUGUGGGUGAGUGAUUUGAAACCAAGAAUCUCUUUCAACUUCUUUGUCACUUCACCUAAAAAUGCAUCUGACAUCAUUCCUAGAACUGAUGUUGAAGAGGCCAUCAGGAUGUCCCGGAGCCGUAUCAAUGAUGCUUUCCGCCUGGAUGACAACACCUUGGAGUUUCUGGGUAUUCAGCCGACACUGGGACCCCCUUACCAGCCACCUGUUACUGUAUGGCUGAUUGCUUUUGGGGUUGUGAUGGGCCUGGUAGUGGUUGGUAUUGUCGUACUCAUCGCCACCGGCAUCAGAGGUCGAAGGAAGAAAAAUCAAGCAAGAAGUGAAGAAAAUCCUUACGCCUCUGUGGAUUUGAGUAAAGGAGAAAAUAAUCCAGGAUUCCAAAAUGGCGAUGAUGUUCAGACUUCGUUUUAGACAAAUCUGUUUUAUUUCCUCUUGAGGUGAUUUUGUCGUAUGAAAAUGUUAAUUUCAUGAUACAGAAAAUAUGAUAUUAUAAAGAUGUCACUAAAUAUCAAAACUAUGGCUCUGCUCAGGAAAAGUUGUCAAAGAAGACACGCCUGAGGAGAGGGCAUCUUCACUUGCAUUGCUUUUAAUAUUUAUUUCUGCCUCAGAAUUUGACUUCUCUUCUGUUUCCUAAAAGAGAUUUUUUUCUAUUCGAGAAUAAUAGGGAAAGUGUGUCUUUGGCCUCACAGGCUCUUCAGGGGUGACGGAAAUGGAAAUGUCUGUUGCAUUGCUGGAGUUAAAAAAAAAAAAAGGUUGUAUGGUGGGAAAAAGUGUUGGGGCCUUGUAUGGAAUCUGGACAGAUCGCUUUUAGGGACAGUGCCCGUGAACUGAUGGAGCUGCAGGGAUUAAGAAUGGCACACACUGUUCACUUCUAUUUAAUUCAAAUGUGUAGGAUGAUACACUCUCUUCAUGUAAACUUAACCUAAGUACUAUAGCGAUUUGCCCACAGUGAUGAUUGAACUGGACCAUCCCUUCUUCAGGGUGACAGGUCUAAAGAAGAGAGAAGAAUCCGGAGAACAGUUAGAGGACAUUGACUUCUGGCUUCCAAGCUGCUUAAUCAUUGUUUCCCUGACAACAUAAAAUUAGCCCCAGGGCCCUCCAUGCCUCCGCCAGGGCACACCUGAUAGAAACUCACUUACAUUGUCCUCUAACUGGGGAGUGAAUGGAAAUCCCAACUGAAAGUCACCCUCUGAAGUAGGCACCCAAUCUCUUAAAUCUUUUGUAUUUAUUCACAAUGUUUGAGUAGUACUGAGCACAAAGCAGAUACUCAAUAAAUAUUCACUAGAUUUACACACUC